AUGUUUACAAUUAUUGGAUGGACUGGUUGGAUCUCCAAGAAGCACAACGAGGACUUUGAGAUGACGUCCUUCUGGUUGUCCAAUACCUGCCGCCUCCUGCACUGCUUGAAGCAGUACAGCGGGGACGAGGGCUUCAUGACUCAGAACACUGCGAAGCAGAAUGAGCACUGUCUUAAGAACUUUGACCUCACUGAAUACCGCCAGGUGCUGAGCGAUCUUUCCAUUCAGAUCUACCAGCAGCUCAUUAAAAUCGCCGAGGGCCUCUUGCAGCCUAUGAUAGUGUCAGCCAUGUUGGAGAAGGAGAGCAUUCAGGGUCUGUCCGGGGUGAAGCCCACGGGCUACCGGAAGCGCACCUCCAGCAUGCCGGAAGGAGACAACUCGUACUGCCUGGAAGCCAUCAUCCGCCAGAUGAACUCCUUCCACACGGUCAUGUGCGACCAGGGCCUGGACCCUGAGAUCAUCCUGCAGGUGUUCAGACAGCUCUUCUACAUGAUUAACGCGGUGACGCUCAACAACCUGCUUCUGCGGAAGGACGUCUGCUCCUGGAGCACAGGCAUGCAGCUCAGGUACAACAUUAGUCAGCUGGAGGAGUGGCUUCGAGGAAGAAACCUGCACCAGAGUGGAGCUGUUGAGACCAUGGAACCCUGGAUUCAGGCUGCCCAGCUCCUGCAGUUAAAGAAGAAAAGCCCCGAGGAUGCUGAGGCCAUCUGCUCCCUGUGCACCGCCCUCAGCACCCAGCAGAUUGUCAAAAUUUUGAACCUUUAUACCCCUCUGAAUGAAUUUGAAGAACGGGUGACAGUGGCCUUUAUACGAACAAUCCAGGCACAACUACAAGAUCGGAAUGACCCUCAGCAGCUGCUAUUAGACUUCAAGCACAUGUUUCCUGUUUUGUUCCCAUUUAAUCCAUCUUCUCUGACCAUGGACUCAGGCCACAUCCCAGCAUGUCUCAAUCUGGAGUUCCUCAACGAAGUCUGA